AUGCCAGCUCUCGGGUUGCUGGGUCCAGAUGUGACCCUAGCCGAGCCUAAUAUUGCCAACUUUGAUUCCGACACCACUGGCACCGCCCCGUCAGACAUCGAAGAAAACGUCGAGGAAGAGAUCCAAGACUUGGCCAAGCGUCUGACCUCAUUAUCUCAUGGAGAUCGCCACUCAUUGUUUCCUGAGCCCUCCGACCCGACCAUCGACCCCAAGAACCCGGACUUCAACGCUCGGAAGUGGGCCGCAGCAUUCUACAAGCUCCAGACCAGAGCUCUUCUCGGUAACGCACCGAACACGGUUGGCCUGGCUUUCAGCAACCUGCAGGUUUAUGGACUGGGCACCACCAUGGACUACCAAAAGACAGUCGGGAACUUCUUCUUGGAGGCUGCAGCGCUGGCUUCGUGGAUUCUACCGUCGAGGAAAAAACAGCGGAUCGAUAUCUUGCACGGUCUGGAGGGCGUUAUCCAAAGUGGGGAGAUGCUCGCCGUCCUGGGACCUCCGGGGUCUGGCUGCACGACUCUGUUGAAAACUAUCGCGGGCGAGACACACGGCUUCUACGUAGCCGACGGCGCGACCCUCAACUACCAAGGAAUCUCAAGCGAGGAGAUGCAGACGACUUUCAAAGGAGAGGCCAUUUACACGGCAGAAUUCGACCAUCACUUCCCCUUCCUGACUGUUGGCGAGACUCUUUACUUCGCUGCUCGGGCCCGCUGCCCUCAGAACAUGGAUCUUCCAGAUGGCAUCUCGAAACACCAGUACGCUGAGCACCUUCGUGAUGUUGUCAUGGCGCUUCUCGGCAUCUCCCAUACCAAAAACACACGGGUCGGAGACGACUUUGUGCGCGGCGUGAGCGGGGGGGAAAGGAAGCGGGUCAGCAUCGCCGAAGCAGUGCUGAGCUAUGCUCCCCUUCAGUGCUGGGACAAUAGUACUCGAGGCCUUGAUUCCGCCAAUGCCAUCGAGUUUUGCCGCACCCUUCGGAUGCAGGCCGACGUCUUUGGAUGCAGUUCUGCAGUGGCCAUUUACCAGGCACCACAGGAAGCAUAUGAUCUCUUCGACAAGGUCAUUGUUCUGUAUGAGGGCCGUCAGAUCUUCUUUGGCAAGUCCACCGACGCUCAGGCAUACUUCGAAGGGCUUGGAUUUCAGUGUCCCGAGCAGAAGACCACGCCCGACUUUCUUACUUCGAUGACGAGCUUUUCCGAAAGGGUCGUACGGCCGGGCUGGAAAGGUCCAACACCACCGCGGAGUCCCGAUGAGUUCGCCCGAGCUUGGAAAGCCAGCCAGCACCGGCAGCGCCUACUGGUCGAGAUCGACAAGUUCGAACACGAGUUUCCCUUUGGCGGGGACACCCACAAGCAGUUUUCCGCCACACGGAGAGCUCAUCAAUCGAAACGACAGAGACCUUCUUCGCCCUACACUUUGUCGUUUCUUCAGCAGAUCAAUCUGAAUCUGUGGCGUAGCUUCAAGCUCCUGAUCAGCGAGCCGUGGAUGACCAUCACCAUGCUAACAACAAACUUCUUCGAAUCCCUGAUCAUCUCGAGUAUUUUCUACAACCUGUCUCCCACAGCAUCCAGCAUGUACCAGCGGCUUCUCGUAAUCUUCUACAGUAUCCUGAUCAACGCCAUGGGCAGCAUUCUAGAGAUUCUCACCCUUUACGGCAAACGAAAGAUCGUCGAAAAGCAUGCCCGAUACGCUCUUUACCAUCCAAGUGCGGAGGCGGUCGCCGCCAUGGUUGUCGAUGUUCCGUACAAGCUCCUGAACUCCCUGUUCAUCAACGUUCCGAUCUACUUCAUGGCAAAUCUACGCCGCGAGUCUGCCGGGCCGUUCUUCUUUUUUCUCCUCAUAUCCUUCAGCGUUACGCUUUCCAUGUCAAUGAUCUUCCGGUUCCUCGGCUCCGUCACCAAAACGGCGUCGCAGGCUUUGGCGCCCUCGACCGUCAUCCUGCUGGCUUUGAUGCUGUUUAGCGGGUUUGCCAUUCCGCAAACAUACCUGAAGGACUGGAUAGGCUGGAUCCGCUGGAUAAACCCCGUGUACUACGCACAGGAGAGUCUAGCGCUGAAUGAAUUUGUUGGUCGCGACUUCAGGUGCUCCGAGUUCGUCCCCGGUGGCCCCCGGUAUGACACGUCAUCCAUCCAGCCCAACGAGCGAGUUUGCGACGUCGGAGGAGCAGUUCCGGGCGUCAACUAUGUCGAUGGUGGAGACCAUCUCCGUGUGGUUUACGACUUUGCUGACAGUCAUCGCUGGCGCAACUUUGGCAUCUUGAUUGCCAUCACCGUCUUCUUCAUGCUCCUCUACCUCGUCGCCGUUGAGCUGGUGUCUUCCGAGAGGUCCAAGGGUGAAGUCCUUGUGUUCAGGCGCCGGGCAUUGAAAAACGUGAAGAAGGGAUUCAACGACGACGAAGCGCUUGGCGAAAACCCGCCGCGCCCGGCUGUGCAACAGGUCGACGACAGCGAUAGCCCUGACCUCGCGAAGCAAACGUCUGUCUUCCACUGGAAGGAUGUCUGCUACGACGUCCAAGUCAAGGGAGAGACCCGAAGGAUUCUUAGCAAUGUUGACGGGUGGGUAAAACCGAAGUCCUUGACUGCGCUCAUGGGCGUAUCAGGAGCUGGCAAGACGAGUCUUCUCGACGUGCUAGCUAGCCGUGUCACAAUGGGCGUUGUGAGCGGCGAGAUGCUCGUCGACGGCCGUAUCCGGGACUCUUCCUUCCAGCGCAAGACCGGAUACGUGACGCAACAAGAUUUGCAUCUCCCCACAGCAACCGUCAGAGAAGCCUUGAGCUUCAGCGCACUCUUGCGUCAGCCUCAAAAGUACAGCCGGGAGGAGAAGCUGGCGUACGUCGAUACUGUGAUUGACCUUCUCGGCAUGCAGGAGUAUGCUGAAGCCGUGAUUGGAGAACUGGGCGAGGGGCUUAAUGUCGAGCAGCGCAAACGCUUGACUAUUGGCGUUGAGCUGGUGGCUCGGCCGCAGUUGCUGCUCUUCUUGGACGAACCGACAUCCGGCCUUGACAGCCAGACAUCGUGGUCAGUUUGCGAUUUGAUGGAAAAGUUGACCAAGAGCGGUCAAGCCAUUCUUUGCACCAUUCAUCAGCCAUCAGCAUCGCUGUUCCAGAGAUUCGAUAGAUUGUUGCUGCUUGCCAAAGGCGGUCGGACGGUAUACUUUGGCGACAUCGGCAAGAACUCGCACGUUCUUCUCGACUACUUCAGCCGGAACGGUGCCCCGGAAUUUCAGCCCGGAUCAAACCCCGCCGAGCACAUGCUCGAGGUCAUCGGGGCAGCCCCAAAUGCUCACACGGAUAUCGACUGGCCGACGGUAUGGCGACAGAGUCCGGAGUACCAGGCCGUCCAGAGCGAGCUCAAGAGACUUUCAGAGCACACGGACGAGAAGAACUCGCGGACGGCGACAGAGGACAACGAUCAGUCAGCGUACGCAGAGUUUGCCGCGGGUUUCCGGGUCCAAAUCCACCAGGUGACAAAACGAGUCUUCCAGCAGUAUUGGCGCAGCCCGUCGUACAUCUUGUCGAAAUCCAUCCUGACCAGCGGUUCGGCGCUCUUUAUCGGAUUGACGCUCGUAGGGGGGAGCAACACGGAGCGUGGUCUGCGGAACCAGAUGUUCGGUGUUUUCAUUUUCCUUGCCAUGUUCGCCCAGGUGGUGCAGCAGAUCAUGCCCCUUUUCGUAUCCCAACGCACCAUGUACGAAGCUCGCGAGCGUCCCGCCAAGUCGUAUUCCUGGAAAGCCUUCUUGGCUGCCAAUAUCAUUGUCGAAAUGUUCUGGAACUCGAUCAUGGCUGUCUUCUCUUUCCUGUUCUGGUACUACCCUAUCAGACUUGACCGGAACGCGGCAUGGGCAGAUGCCGUUCACUCUCGCGCCGCCACCUUGUUCUUGAUCUGCUGGGCCUUUUUCCUGUUCUCGAGCACGUUUGCACAUCUCAUGAUUGCCGGGCUGGGCAGUGCUGAGGUCGCGGGCGGCAUCAUGAACUUGUUCUUCAUCCUGAUGUUUGCCUUCUGCGGCGUGCUGGCUGGCCCCAACGAGCUGCCUGGCUUCUGGAUCUUCAUGUACCGCGUCAACCCCUUCACAUACAUCAUGGAAGGGUUCCUCACCGUCGGCCUGGCGAAUGCACCCGUCACGUGUAGCCCGACGGAGCUGCUCACGUUCAGCGCCCCAAGCGGCAGCAGCUGCGGCGAUUACAUGGCCGAGUACAUCCGGAACGUAGGCGGGUACCUCAUCGAUGGCAACGCCAGCGAGUGCCAGUUUUGCGGCAUGGCAGACACCAACGCCUUCUUGUCCAGCAUGAACAUGAGCUUCGAGAAUCGGUGGCGUGAUUUCGGGUUUGUUUGGGCGUUUUGCGUGUUCAACAUCGCCGCGGCGGCGUUUCUGUACUGGGUUGCGCGGGUGCCCAAAAACGAUUUCAAGAAGAAGUGA